CAACGGCACCGUGGAGACGCGUGGAGGUGGGCAAUCGGGCCCGGGAGGCACCUUAGGCCUGCUCGGUGAGUCGCGAGUCGCCAGCAAUAUUCGUGGAUUUUUUGCCACCCGAAUCGGCAGCGCCCUACCAGAUACAGGUUAACCCGGAUGGCACUGCGCUUCCCCUCAAGGACACCCAUCAACAAAUUUCCCGUCAAAACCACGUAAACCACUCAUCAGAUUCGUCGGAAAAUAACCUCAACAAUGACGACCAUUCCAAUAAUCAACAUGACGUUCAGUGAAAUGAAAGAAGCUGUGUGGAAUAAGCUUCACGAGCCCAGAACUCAACGGAAGCUAGUAUUAGUUAUAGUGUCCAUAGCUCUGCUACUAGAUAAUAUGUUAUAUAUGGUGAUAGUUCCCAUUAUACCGGAUUACUUGCGUUACAUCGGAGCAUACGAAGAUUACACGAUUCCGGGAAACGUGUCACUUCCACCAGGUACACCACAGAAGCACGACCACCACGGCCAGGACCAGGCUACCGGCAUCCUAUUCGCCUCCAAAGCCAUCGUCCAACUUAUGGUAAACCCCUUUUCCGGAGCACUCAUCGACCGCAUAGGAUACGACAUUCCCAUGAUGAUUGGACUGACCAUAAUGUUCCUCUCGACAGCAGUGUUCGCUUGUGGCCGGAGUUACGGCCUCCUGUUCUUCGCCAGAAGUCUUCAGGGGGUCGGAUCGGCGUUCGCGGACACAUCGGGACUCGCCAUGAUCGCCGAUCGCUUCACGGAGGAAAACGAACGAUCCCAAGCAUUAGGGAUAGCUCUGGCUUUCAUCAGUUUCGGUUGCCUGGUAGCGCCUCCUUUCGGAGGAGCUCUAUAUCAGUUCGCCGGCAAAGAGGUGCCUUUCCUAAUUCUGGCGUUCGUUUCGCUGGUAGACGGUUUCAUGCUUCUACUGGUCAUGAAGCCCUUAAAAACGCAGUUAAAAGAAUGUCAAAUGGACAAACCUCCCGGGGUUCCAAUCUGGAAACUAUUUAUGGACAAGUACAUCGCGAUUUGCGCAGGAGCCCUUAUGAUGUCGAACGUGGCACUGGCUUUCCUAGAACCAACUAUAACGCUUUGGAUAGAAGACAAUUUAACGACAGAAAAUUGGAAAGUUGGUAUCGUUUGGCUACCCGCGUUUUUCCCGCACGUGUUAGGAGUUAUCAUAACAGUAAAAAUGUCAAAGAAAUAUCCCCAAUAUCAGUGGCUUAUGGCAGCAGGAGGAUUAGCACUAGAAGGUUUAUCCUGUUUCGUAAUUCCCUUUGCAGAUUCGUACAUCUUUCUAAUGGUGCCCAUUUGUACAAUUUGCUUCGGUAUCGCCUUAAUAGACACAGCACUUCUUCCUACUCUCGGAUACCUGGUGGACGUUCGUUACGUUUCAGUGUAUGGCAGCAUUUAUGCCAUAGCAGACAUUUCGUAUUCUCUAGCAUACGCAGUAGGGCCUAUCAUCGCCGGUGGUAUAGUAGAAGCCAUCGGUUUCACAUCACUUAAUGUGUUAAUAGCCUUUAGUAACCUGCUCUAUGCACCACUUCUCAUAAAACUCAAACAUAUCUACGACUUUAAACCAUUCGAAAACGAAGCCAAUAUCUUAAUGCAAGAUCCUCCUAACAAAGAAUACCAAACGUACACCAUGCAGGAUCAAAAACCUGUAAGUGGAGACAUUCAGAAUCACCUGGAAUACAAGCAGCAGGAGACUGACUUCGGUGCUGGUUACCAACAACAAGGAUACCAGCAACAAACCUAUUCGCACAAUUUUCAACAGGAAGAACAGCCUUACCAGGAAACCCCAUUUCAGCAACCUCCGCCCCGUCCUCAGGGCAGGGUGUUACCGCAGCAGCCGGAAGCGGCAAAUCCUUUCAGGCCCCAAGUCCAACCAAGUGGUGGAAAUCCUUUCAAACAAGGAUUUUAA